AUGUACUUAAUUCAAAUAGUUCUGCAAGUACUUUUAAUAAAAUGUUGUGUUCGUUUAUCCUUAACAGAACCCGAUGGUGUGUUAAAACUGAUAUCAAAAAACAGUUACCCAUCACAACUGUACAAAGUGACGACUGGAGACGGAUAUAUCCUGUCCCUGCACAGAAUACCAAAUCCUGCAGGACACCCGGUGCUGCUAUUUCCUGGCCUGAUGUCGACAGCUGCUGACUUUGUAGUUAACGAUCCAGAAAAAUCACUAGGUUUUAUUUUGUACAAUCUGGGUUACGAUGUCUGGCUUGGCAACUCACGAGGUACAACAUUCUCCAGGACUCACCGGUAUCUGGACCCGGAUGUUGACAAGGAGUUCUGGGACUUCAGUUGGCAUGAAAUCGGUGUCCAAGAUCUGUCUGCGUCCAUCGAUGCCAUCCUGGGGAUUACAGGAUACAAUUCGUUGCAGUAUAUUGGACAUUCUCAGGGAUGCACCGCCUUGAUGGUGCUUUUGGCUGAAAGACCGGAAUAUAAUGCAAAGAUUGUUUCGGGACAUCUGAUGGCACCAGCUGUGUACAUGGGGAAUACCAGGAGUCCUGUUUUUAGACUUUUUGCUACUUUUAAUCCCAUCAUACAGGAUAAUAUUAAAAAUAUCCUGCAGAAUUAUCCUGGAGGAACGUCUGCAAAACAAUUGGAUCACUUUUCGCAACUUGUUUAUUCUAAGAAUUUUGCAAAGUUUGAUUACGGAGUUUUAAAAAAUUGGCAAAAAUAUGGAUCCAAAAGACCUCCGGAAUAUUCAUGGAGCAAUAUAUAUUGCAAGAUGUAUAUAUAUUAUGGAACUAAUGAUAUUUUGGUUGUACCAGAGGAUGUGGAAACAUUAGCAUUAAAACUAGAAAAAAAUGUAAUACAAGUCCAAAACAUACCCGAUCAACAAUUCAGCCACCUGGAUUUCCUGUGGGCCAAAGACGUAGACAUUUUAGUAUACAGAAAACUAACACAAAAUCUGCUCCAAGAUUUCUAA